AUGUUUAGGAAUGUGAGAGAGUAUUUUAAAGGAAAUAAUGAGAAAAAUGAAAAUAGUGACAAUGUCACAGUAGUAGAUAAUAAUAAAAACAAUGUAAAUAACUUGAAUGAUGUAAAUAAUGUCUUUUAUAAUGAAGAUAAUUAUAAUAAUUAUUUAGACGAUGCCUCAUAUAAAGGUGUCAAUGGUAUAUGUAGGGAAGAACAGGUCGAAGAAAAUAAUUUUAAAAAAAAUUAUGAAAGUUAUAAUGAUUUAGAUAAUGCUAAGAAAGCAUAUAAUGCAAGUGGUGAAGAAAAUAAUAAAAAUAAGGACCAUAUUGGGAAAGGCCUUUCUUAUGAAAAUAAUAGUUCAUUAAGGAAUAAUUUUCCCAGUGGCUCAAAUCGCAUUAUAAAUGGGAAUGUCCAUGCGCCACUUGCCAAUGGUGAUAAUAAAGGUUUUUAUAGAGAUGAUGACAAUAAUAAUAACAGUAAUUAUUACAGUAAUGAUGACUGUGACGGUAACAGUAAUGGUAACAGUAAUGAUGACAGUAAGGAUGUUAAAAAUAUCGGUAAUAGAAUGUAUAACGAUGAAGGCAUUGUAAGAAGUGGACUUAGCAAUGAUAGAAAUUCUUGUUGUUUAAAUGAAAAUGGGAAAAAAGAGAUGAGAACUUUAAGCAGUAAGAAUACUUUUCUUAAAAGAAGAAAAUUGACCGAAACAGAGGAGACGAGCGAACUGGGGGAAGCGAAUGGAGUGAUAAAAGAAGGAGAGAAUAAAAAGGAUGAAGCUCAAGAAAUAAAAAAUGAGAAAUAUACGAAAAGUGAAAUUCCAAAUGAAGGGAUUUAUGAAAGGGAAAAUAGUUCUACGGAACUAGAUUCUACUAACAAUAAGGAUAUUGUUAAUAUUAAUAAUGUAUGUAAGAACAAUAAUGAUAGUGGAGAAAAUGAAGAGAAGGUGAAUUAUUUGCAGGAUAAAUUAGAACUUUUAUUAUCCGAAACUAAGCGAUUUACUGAGAAAUUGUCUGGUCAACGACUAAAAGUGAAUACUCAAUUAAAAAGUAAAAAAAGUGGACGCUGUGCAAUGACAGAAAAAGAAGAGGAUUAUAUGUUAUUAAAAGAUGCUAAUGAGGAUGAUGAAUCUUUUAUAAUAAAGCAACCGAAUAAUAUUAAUGGUUGCAUGAAGCCUUACCAAAUAGAAGGGUUGAAUUGGUUAUAUCAGUUGUAUAGACAUAAAAUAAACGGCAUAUUAGCAGAUGAAAUGGGAUUAGGUAAAACAUUACAAACAAUUAGUUUAUUGUGUUAUUUAAGAUUUAAUAAAAAUAUAAAAAGAAAAAGUAUUAUAAUAUGUCCUAGAUCUACUUUAGACAAUUGGUAUGAAGAAAUAAAAAAAUGGUGUAGUGAAAUGAAAGCACUUAAAUAUUAUGGAAAUAAAGAACAAAGAAAAGAACUAAAUAAGAAGGUAUUACAUACAGAUUAUGAUGUUUUAUUAACUACAUACGAAAUAGUUAUAAAGGAUAAAUGUGCGCUAUACGAUAUUGAUUGGUUUUUCUUAGUAAUAGAUGAAGCACAUAGAAUUAAGAAUGAUAAAAGUGUUUUAAGUUCCUCUGUUCGUUUUCUCAAAUCAGAAAAUAGAUUGUUAAUAACAGGUACACCUUUACAUAAUAAUUUAAAAGAAUUAUGGUCUCUAUUAAAUUUUUUAAUGCCAAAAAUAUUUGAUAACUCAGAAGAAUUUGACAACUUAUUUAAUAUAUCAAAAAUUAGCACAAAUGAUAAUAAACAAAGUGAAAUAAUUACUCAGUUGCAUACUAUUCUGAAACCCUUUAUGCUUAGGAGAUUAAAGGUAGAAGUAGAACAAUCAUUACCACCGAAAAGAGAAAUUUAUAUCUUUGUUGGUAUGUCCAAAUUACAAAAAAAAUUAUACUCAGAUAUAUUAAGUAAAAAUAUUGAUGUAAUAAAUGCUAUGACAGGUAGUAAGAAUCAAAUGUUAAAUAUUUUAAUGCAAUUAAGAAAAUGUUGUAAUCAUCCUUAUCUUUUUGAUGGUAUUGAAGAACCUCCAUAUAUAGAAGGAAAUCAUUUAAUAGAGACAUCAGGGAAGAUGUCUUUAUUAGAUAAGUUAUUACCUAGACUAAAAAAAGAAAAUUCUAGAGUAUUAUUAUUUUCUCAGAUGACUAGGCUUUUAGAUAUUAUAGAUGAUUAUUGUAGAUGGAAGAAUUAUGAAUAUCUACGAAUAGAUGGAUCGACAGUAGGAGAUGAGAGACAGAUACGAAUUAACCAAUUUAAUGAACCCAAUAGUAAAUAUUUCAUUUUUUUGUUAUCUACCAGAGCAGGAGGAAUUGGUAUUAACCUGACCACUGCAGAUAUUGUUAUCCUAUUUGACUCAGAUUAUAACCCACAAAUGGAUAUUCAGGCAAUGGAUAGAGCACAUCGUAUAGGUCAGAAAAAACGAGUUAUUGUAUACAGGUUUGUUACGCAGAAUUCUGUGGAGGAAAAGAUUGUAGAAAGAGCAGCAAAGAAAUUAAAAUUAGAUUCUUUAAUUAUUCAGAAAGGGAAAUUAAAUUUAAAUAUGAAAGAAAAUAAUAAACAAGAAUUACACAAUAUUUUAAAUUUUGGGGCUCCUGAAGUUUACAAGACACAAGACAUCUCAUCUAUUUCUGAUGAAGAUAUCGAUAUUAUUCUAGCGGAUGCAGAAAAGAGAACUUUAGAAAUUGAAAACAAACUAAAAAGUUUAGAAAAUAUAUUUGAUUUAUCUAAUAUAUCUUUAGAUGGAGGAUUAAACAUGUAUAAUGAUUUAGAUAAAGAUGGUUCAGGUGAAUCGAGUUAUGAGGAAUGCUCAGAUUCUGUAGGGGUUGAUGGUAAAGGUUCUUCAGAAGGUAAUAAUUUAAGUGGGGUGAAGAAAAAAGGAAAAAACAUUAACAAGAUAAGGAGUACAAUAAAGAAAUUUUUAAAAAAUAAUAAAAAGAAUAUGACAUUUUUAGAUUUAGGAGAAAGAAAAAGUAAAUGGAAAGUCAUGAAUACUGCAGGCACUAGAACAAAUAAAAAGAAAAUGGUUCUUCAUGGAUGGAGAGCUGAAGCUAGAGGAGGACAUGAUUUUCAAUUUUUUAAUAAUGAAAAAUUAGAUGAGUUAGAAAAAAUCGAAGAAAGGUGGAAUAUUCAUCGUAUGAAUGAACAAAAAGUAAAGGAUAUAAUUGAAGCACAAGCUAAGAAAGAGAAUUUUGAGAAAAUAAUCAAUUUUUCAGAUUUUCUAGAUAUACAUGCGAAGGAUAUUUACGAUAUUAUUAAUUUGACUUACCCAACCAUAUUCGAAGAGUAUAAUAAUGAGGAGGAGGAAGAGGAUGAGGAGGAUCAUAAUAUCAAUGAUAACAACCUGUUCCCCUAUAAUCACAACCAUGGUAGUGCCACUACAUCUACAACUGCGAAUAAUCAUCAUAAUAGUAAAAAUAAUUAUAAUCAUAAUCAUGAGCAGCGCAACGUAAAGAAAAGCACAGGAUGCAGUGAUAACAGCACAGAACAUUUUAAAGGAAAAAUUUUAAGGCUGAUGGAAUCUAGGAAGAAGCUAAACAUGAUAAAAUUUAGAGAUAAGAAUGUCAAAAGUUGUUUUGAUUAUAUAGCAAACUUUAUUAAAAGGCAUCUUGGAGAGACAAACAACGAUAGUGGGAAUAGUAAAAAAAAUAAAAAAAACAAAAAAAACAAAAAAAAAGGGGAUGAUGAUAUAUCUAAUAUAGAUAUUGAAAAAGUAAAAAGCGAAAAGCAGGAACUCUUAAAAGAGGGGUUCUCCAAAUGGAAUAAGGCAGAAUAUAACAAAUUAAUGAAUGGGUUAAUAAUUUAUGGGUGUGAUGAAAUUGAAUACAUAUAUGAAAAGUAUUUUAGGAACUCAAAAAAAUCGAUGGAGGAUAUAAGAGCCUACUUGAGGGUUUUUUUUAGAAAAUACAAUCAAGUGAAGGGGGGAAUUAGACUUUUUGAUAAAAUCCAGAAAUCAGAUAUGCAGAGGCAGCUUAUACAAGAGGAAAAUGACCUGAUUGCAAAUUUUGUGGAAAAGCAACUCUCUGAGGGUGUAGAUGCCAUUGAUAAACUUGAGCUUCCAUCGAAUUUGUCCUAUGAUUAUAUUCUGAAACCCGAAGACACUUUAUAUAUGACAGAGGAAGUUAAGGAAGAGAAAGAAAAAGAAAAAAAUAAUUCUAAUGAUGAGGAAAUUUUAUAUUAUAAACGAGAAAAUAAAAUAUUACUAUGGUUGCUUUAUCAAGAGGGAGUCGUUCAAAUCAAAAACAUUCACAUUUUGACACCGUACUAUUGGUCUGAGGCCUACAAUUUUUUUAAGUACGCUAGUACCCCAUUGGAAAACAUUGAGUACAGAUGUAGACUUAUCGUUGAUGCUAUUGUCGAACAGGGCAGAAGAAACACAAAAGUUUCAAAUACCAAGGAAAAAAGAAAAACCUGA